CGCUAAAAUAUUAUCCCUUCCAUUUUUUACUUAGCCCACAAAAUUCAACCAUUAUCAUCUUCAUGAAAAGAAUCUUUGUGCGCGACAUGCUCAAAUAAAAUACUUACAGGAGGCCCGCACUGCACGACUGCUAGCGCAGCUUUCACCGCUUCCGACUCCUCACCUUCGUGAUCUCAGGAGACUCGAGCGAAAGGAGAUGAGGGAAGGGAGACCAGCCUGGUUGCUCAUCCCAGGAGUGGCACUCCUGCUGUUUUUGUCUUCGUUAGAAGAGGGUUCGGGGCAGCUGACGGAGCCCAGCUUCAGCAGAGCUGACUUCCCUUUAGACUUCGACUUCGGAGCUGGGACGUCGUCUUAUCAGGCAAAUGUGGAGGGAGCAGUAUCUGAGGAUGGAAGGAAACCAAGCAUUUGGGAUACCUUUACCCAUGCAGGGCGAAUGCUGGACAAGAGCACAGGAGAUGUGGCUUCUGAUGGCUACCACAAAUACAAGGAAGAUGUCAAGCUGAUGGCUGAAACAGGACUGGACUCCUACAGAUUCUCCAUCUCUUGGUCCAGACUUAUCCCAAAUGGUAGAGGAGCUGUUAAUCCUAAAGGCCUACAGUUUUACAACAACUUGAUUGAUGAGCUAGUAAAAUAUGGAAUCAAACCUCAUGUGUCACUAUACCAUCUUGACCAUCCCCAAGCACUUGAAGAUAAGUAUUCAGGAUGGUUGAGUCCCAAAAUGGUGGAUGAUUUCACAGCAUUUGCAGAUGUAUGUUUCAAGAAUUUUGGUGACAGAGUUCCUCGAUGGACGACUAUUGUCGAACCUAAUAUAAUGUCACUGGGUGCAUAUGACAUGGGAACACUUCCACCAAAUCGGUGCUCUUAUCCAUUUGGCAUCAAUUGCACAGUAGGAAAUUCAACGACAGAGCCCUACAUUGCGAUUCACAAUGUCCUAUUAGCCCAUGCAUCGAUCGUCAAAUUAUACAAAAGCAAAUAUCAAGCAGAGCAAAAUGGGUGGAUAGGCAUUAAUGUCUACACUUUCUGGUAUUAUCCAUUCACAAACUCUUCUGCAGACAUUGAGGCAACCCAAAGAAUACUUGAGUUUUAUGUUGGCUGGAUCCUAAAUCCAUUGGUGUUUGGAGACUAUCCUGAGGUCAUGAAGAAGUUCGUCGGCUCGCGACUCCCAUCCUUCACCAAAUCUCAAUCUGAACAGAUAAAGGGCUUAUUUGAUUUCAUUGGCGUGAAUCACUAUUCUUCAAUAUACGUCAAAGAUAACAUCAAUGCUUCUGAGAUGGGUCUUCGUGACUUUGUAAUGGAUUCCUUAGCCUUGGUGACAACUUCAAGGAAUGAGACACCUGGCCAGUAUGAUCCUACGACACCUUCAUCAUUCGAUCCUCAGGGGCUGCAAUACAUGUUGGAGUAUCUCAGAGAUGCCUAUGGAAAUCCUCCUCUUUUUGUUGAAGAAAAUGGCUAUGGCAUAGGAAGGAGAGAGAGUGACGACCUUAAUGACACCGAUAGGAUCAAUUACCUGAAUGGCUUCAUCGGUAGCACGCUCGAUGCUAUCAGAAACGGAGCGAAUGUGAAAGGUUACUUCGUUUGGUCGUUCAUAGAUGUCUUUGAGUUUUUGACUGGGUAUCAAUCUCGUUGCGGAUUGUACCAUGUGGAUUUUGAUGAUAGAAACCGGAAAAGAAAGCCGAAGCUCUCUGCUGGUUGGUACUCUAAGCUUCUUGAAAGAAAGGAUGGCAUGAAACUGAACAAAACUGCAAUGGAUACAGAAUACCAUGCUCGGUGGUAACAUUCCUCCGCACAAUUCCUGUGUUAAAUAGAUUUAGAUCACACGAGUCAGUUUUCUCGUCUUGAGCAAAUACAGGCACUCGAAUUAGCUCAAUAAAAAAUGGGAUCUAAAACUGGUAGGACUGUGAAAAUAAAGUGGUCUACUCCUUCAUAUUAAGUGUUUUUGUAUGAGUUCAAGCAUGUAGUUCAAAAGUUCCUGCAGUGGUUUGAGUUAUAUUUCACCUCAUCCACCUGAACUGGAGAAUUGUUAUUGGACGAUCUAUAAUGCAGCACUUCUUGAAAGAAAGAUUUUACCAAAGAAAGGGAUGAUAAUGAACCUCGAUACUAGUUGUGAUG